CCUAAAUUAUAAAUAAUCCGAUUUUAUAGAUCAAACAAUAUAACUCAUAUUUCGGGAACUGCUUACUCUAAAACCAAUAUUCGUUUAACAUUGUUUUCGAAUGUGAAAUUGCGAAAUCUACGUUUGAACAUCCCAAUUAAAAUACCAAAAUUUUUCACUAAAAAGUGCAAGUAGGGCCCAUUUCGAUAAAUGUUAUCGACUGUAUUUAGGAAAUGCAUCGUCGCUGUAUAAUCUGUGGCCAGGAACCGGGCGACCACUGCGUCUACCCGCGAAACAUGACGGAGGCUCGCCGGUGGCAGAAUCUGGCCAAUCUCAGCACCUUCGAUGUGGACACGGAAUCCCUGUGCCGGCACGGCUGCGUGUGCGCCUCCCACUUGGACUUGGUACAAGGAUCCAACUCCGACUCGAAGAGCUCGUCUGGUGCUGCUCGAGGGGCAAGUACUAGAGCCGGAUCGACGAACCACGACUCCGCAAGCCGACAGUUUGGCGUCAAACGGAGCUCUACGGGAUCGGGACAUGGGCCGCGGGAUGUUCCUAACGUACAUAGCUACCCCACCAACAUCAAAGCCAUCGAGGAAAUCCAAAAUCAAAGCAAACUGGGUCUCAAUUCGGGGAGGCCGGAAUCCAGCAACGUAAAUAGAUGCCAAAAUGGCAGCUGCCGUUUUCGUGGUGCCGUCACCAAAAUGUUCCAGGGUAAUGCCAAUACCUACACCCAAAUGGGUCAGAAUUACGGGUAUCCGCUGAUGCCAAGGUCUUUUUCUGCCGGCAAGGGAGCACCUCUUACCAAGAUAAGUCCAAGGGUAAAUGUUAAUCAAAUGCCUCAAGGAACGGAAUGUUGCACAUGUACACACUGUUCAAUGAUCAGAAUCACGAGCAUCAGACCCUCUGUAGAAGGUUGCCCCGGUUCAUGCUGUCCACUGCUAAGAAACACUAAAAACAGACCUCCAGAAGAGAGCUUCUGUAGAAAAUGUCCAGUGGUUCGUUAUUCCGGAAGCCAACAAAGUAUGAACAAAGGACAUAAGGAGACAUCGGAGAAAAACGCGGAAAGACAUAGAUCCUUUGAACGUUUGAACAAAGGACAUAAGGAGACAUCGGAGAAAAACGUGGAAAGUCAUAGAUUCUGUGAGCGUCAUUGUUGUCCCGCUGUAAGAAAUCAGAGAUCAGAAGACUCAAAAUCUCUGGGAAAAGAUUUCUCCAGCCACCUUAACCGCAAGCUAUCGGAAUCGUGGCGGAGUAACGAUAGCACCAAACUCACCAUCAACCAGCAAAACAGGAUCCAAAAGCCGGAAGUGAAGUGCCAAUGCUGUCAGGCUUGUAUUCCUCGCCGCUUAAAGGACAAGGAGGUGCAGGUGUCAAAGGAGGCCCUACAGUCCCGAAAUUCCAUACCUGUUAGUCGAACCAAGGCGACUCCUUCGUUCAGCUACCAAACAGCAAGUUUAUCCACUGGUUUCUCAGCCGUCACCAACUCAAGUAAAAGAUCCUACGGGGCCGAGCAAAAAUAUUCAAAUGCCAUCAAUGUGCUGCUUAUGAAUGGAACCCGUAAAAACGACUACGCUGAUCCAUGCUGCUGUCCGGCCAAGUCCUUGGCCCCGCCUCCAGAGAUUUGCGUGCAAGAGUCAGACCUGACUAAGUGCAAUGAACAGGCUGCGUUUCCAGAAAUCGACAAGCCCAACUACCGAGUUUGCCGGCCUACCACCACCGAUCCCAACGAGAUGAACGUCCUUGUACUCGAAGAAGAUCCCAUAAGUGGAUGCAGCCCCAAAGCCGCGGGAGACGAAGCCACGCAGGAUAGAAGUGAAGUGCAGCUUAGUCCUAACCAGAAUCAAAGUAAGGAACGGCAGUACAAUUUGGGCAAAAACUGGGUCGAUUGCCCGGCCACGGCCAACUACACUAAAGUCCUGGAAUUGCAGAGAGUUCGCAUCAAGGAGCUGGAGAAUCUGCUGCAGCAGCACAACCUGCUGCAGCAGACCAUCGAGCACAAGGUGGCCGAGCUGCAGUGCACGGACAAACCACUUCCUAAAAAUGAAACCGAAAUUUGACAUCAUAAACCGAAAUACAUGCUAAAAAA